AUGGAUUGGGUUCAAUGCAACAACUGUGGAUCCAAGCCUAACCCCGUAAAGGUGUAUCUGACAGCGUGUUUUCAUAUCCUUUGCCAGAGCUGUGUAGAAAAAGCCAAAGAUGCUCAAUGUCAUGUGUGUAAAAAACCACUUCAAACGGACGAGAUUUGCAAAACCUUACGCCCAGAUCUGAUGGAAUUGUUCAAAGAUCCUCGGCAACUCGCAGCAGACCUAGUAAAUGAGUUAAAACAAAUCGCAACAUUUCAAGCAAAACAGAGAGAAAUUUAUAUGAAGUUCAAAAAUAUUGAGAUAAAAAAAGAAAAUGAAAAGUUCAAGGUGAUGCGGACCAAACAGUUAAAAAUGGAGCAAGAAGUGGAGAAACGGAAAAAGGCGUUCGGAGAGAAUAACGCAGUAUUGAAAGCAGCAAAGGAAGAGAAAAAGAGAUUGACUUUGAGGUUAACCCAGUUACGGUCUGAAAUGCCGAAUCCGCAAUUGCAAGCAGUUCACUCUAAGACUCGAACAGAACCACUCGUCUCAAAAUCGGCACGAGUAGCCCCUCCACUUGCGAAUCGUAGAAGAAGUCAUGAAUUUCCUAUGAACAUACUGGAUCAAUCAACAUCAAAGAUUGCUACGAGUACCCCAAUUUGUAAUAUCGAUCAUAACCGACGUGACUAUAUGACAAGAAUGUUCGGUAACGGACUUGAACAUCCUUCCCCUAUUCCCCGACAAUGA